UUUUUUUUUUAUGUAGGCCAUCUUUAUCCAUCCUCUAAAAGAGGGAAGUUUCGAAAGAAAGAGCAGUGCUGCGUCGAUGGAGGUUUAACAUUACCGUAGAGUUUCUCAACCUGACGAGUCGAGCGUUAGCCCUUCGUCAUGGUGAAUGUUGGAAAAACCAAGUUGUGGUGUAUUCUACUGUUUAGCUACCCUGACAAAGACAACAGACGAUGAUUUCAAGACCUCUUUAUAAUGAAAGGAAAUUUACACCGUAGACUGUUGACAGAUAAUAAGUCACGCACAGCUCCAAACCGCAAAUCAACCAUUCAUUGUCAUUCGCGCGUUACGACAAAAUGGCGACCGAUGCAGAUCAUAAAAAAAGAGUUGUGUUCACCCUUCGCUGGCUGAUGGUGUCUCUUCUCUCGAUCUGGGCUGGAGUCAUUUUGGUUGGAAACGUGCGAUUUGCAACGUCUGCUAUUGACCCACUCGAUAAAAGCGGCAAGAAGUACGUAGAAAUGCGUUCGAAUUUUCUUCAGAACACCGUUGAGCAGUUCUUACUCCAUUCUUUUGGUCUCAUUGUUUUGUCCACUUACCUGACCGAGGAAAGUAUGCACUGGGUGCCUCUACUAGUGAUCCUGUUCGUUAUUUCUCGAGUUCUGUUUUACGUGGGCUACUCCAUGCAUCCUCUGAAAAGAGCCGUUGGAUUUUUCAUGACAUUCACCCCAAGCACUGCAGUCAUGCUAUAUUCUUUGUACUGCUUGAUUGUUUAUGGAUUUGACGCGUAUCGCUGAACCAAGAGACCCUAUUUAAACUGUGCCACCUGAUGCUAUAAUUUUUCAAACAAGCAGAGCAAUGAGACUCCUUCACAAAAGGACCCAGAAACGUGACAAAAAGGUAACUCUUGACAUAUCCAACGUACGAAGACAAGCUGGCUUUCUGUUACACUAAAUCAGUUGUUAUAAGGUAUUUUAUGUAGCAACCUGGUUAUAUUAUGUCCAGAAUUUGGAUGAAUGUGCAGGACAAAUGCUACAUUAAUUCAACUUUCCAAAUCUUUCUUUUUUUCUUUUUCUUUUUUUUAACGCAGUAGAAUAGCCAGAGCUGAAAUACAAUUAAACCGUUAUCAUUAUUGUAACUCAUUACUAUUACUAUUGCUAUUAUUAUUACAUUCUGAAGAGUCAGACACUUUUUUUGGAAUUUUCCCUUAAAUAGGAGGGCUACAGGGGUAAAUUUGACUCCUUACCCCCCUCUUCGAAGGUCUAACAGACCCUUUCUAUACCCCCACGCUUCCGAUC